UUUUAUACAUAUAUCUAUUGAAACCCAAUUACUGAUCCAUCGCCCUUGGCUGGAAAAUGAACGCUUCCGCUAUAUCGUUUUCUUCGGAAAAUAGCAUGUCUAUGAACCGACAACAUGGAAUUUUGUGUGACAACACUUCUGCUACAGAAGUUUGCAAAUCAACAGUUCUUGAUCUCGAAAACCAGUCAGGCGAUAUUAAAGAAAGUAUAAGCCAAGAAAAUGAAAUUCCUAAAAAUAACAUGCCAGUCGUCAUGACCGGAAUAUUGCUGACUACGUUUCUGUCAGCUUUAGACAGUACCAUUGUUACCACUGCUGUCCCAACCAUUAUGCACGACUUGUCGGGCAAGGUCGAUUAUUCUUGGAUUGGCUCAGCAUAUACACUCGCAUUGACUGCUGUCCUUCCCCUUCUUGGUGUUGCCUCAGACAUGCUUGGUCGAAAAGUCGUGUUGUACAGUAGCAUCUUGUGCUUUCUUUUAGGCAGUGCACUUUGCGGCGCCAGUAAUUCUAUGAUCAUGCUCGUCAUAUGUCGAGCUGUUCAAGGUGUCGGAGCAGGCGGAAUAACGUCGCUGUGUUUUAUUGUUAUUUCUGAUAUUACCUCGCUUGCAAAUCGGUCAUUUUACACGUCAUUCAUCGCUUCAGUAUGGGGGAUCGCUUCAGUCAUCGGCCCGCUUUUAGGAGGCAUUAUAUGUCAAGGCACAACUUGGCGUUGGAUAUUUUUCAUUAAUUUACCUACCGGAGGAAUCUCUAUAGCAAUUCUUGUAUUCUUUCUUAAUGUCCCUGUUCAUGAUCGAACAACGUUCCGACACUUUCUGGUGACAUUUGAUUUUAUUGGGCUUACUACGUGCAUUGUUGGAAGUGUGCUCAUAUUACUUGGGCUCUCCAUUGGUGCGACAAAUAACGACUGGGUUCGCGUGAAUGUGCUUGUCUACAUCAUAGUUGGAGUUAUUUUGCUUAUAGUGUGUGCUUUCUGUGAGACCAAAACUACUAGAAAUCAGAUUCUUCCAACGUUCAUGUUUGAUAGUCUGUCAAAAUGUGCGUUGUUAUUCACAGUCUUCUUGCAUAAUUACAAUUAUAUGCUUUUCGAUUAUUACCUACCAGAGUUCUAUCAGAAUGUUAAAGGCGACACCCCCAUAUUUUCCGGCAUUCACAUUAUUGCUCCAGCGUUUUUAGUAUCCUUAUUCUCUUUUCUUACAGGUAUGUUUAUUAAGAAAACAAAUAACUUUAUGAUUCCUAUGUAUAUUGGGUGGUUAUUUAUGACUGCCGGUAUGGGGGCACUGACGGAUCUAAAUUACUCAAGUUCCGUCGGCAAGAUUAUUGCACUUAGUAUAAUCUAUCCAAUCGGCUCUGGAUGUCUGUUUCUGCCCCCUCUUCUCGCAGCACAGGCGUCAACGCCCGUGCAUGUGAUGGCGAUUGUUACUUCGGUUGUUAUGUUUGUUAGAAGCAUAGGUGGCAGCGUUGGCGUAAUCGUUGGAAAAGUCGUUUAUUCACAAACUUUGGCAGCUCUGCUUGGAAAAAAUGCCAAUACACUGUCGAAUAUGUCUUAUGAACAAAUUAAUACUUUCCCCCAAGAUGAAAGAAGUCAAUUGCUGGAUAAAAUGGGAAAAGCAUACCGAAUGAAUUGGAUUGUUGGUACAAUUAUAUCUGGUAUUGGGCUUCUUUGUCUGCUAACUGUAAGAAUGAAUGGCGCUUCUAAGCAAAAGUAA